UUAAGGAUUAUUUCACUUCACCACUUGAUCACUUCCGUGCCAACAACCUAUAAAUACUCCAACAGAUUACAUUCAUUUAAAUGAUGAAUAGUCCCAGUGUCAGGCUGCAAGCAUUUAGAAAAAUAACGAAUUUGAUGGCUCGCAACAGAGACAUCACCAAGUCUGGUUUCCAUUGGAGAGCUGAGAGGGAGAGAGAAAGAAUUGCAGACAAUAGCUACAUUUCCACCAAAAUGUUCUCACACCGAACUUCUGAUCAACGUUUUAACCUCAAAUGAAUGUAGUAAACACUUGUUAGCAUUUAAGGUCCUCACAAUAAACAAAAAAAUGUCAGAGAAACAGAAAAUAUUGCUCGCUGGUGACGUUGAAGGCAGAUUUGCCACUCUCUUUGCCAAAGUCGAUCAGAUAAACAAGAAAGCUGGUCCCUUUGAAUUUCUCCUGUGCGUUGGGAAUUUUUUUGGAGUAAACAAUAUUGAAUUGGAGCCAUACAAGAAUGGAAUAAAAAACAUCCCGGUGCCGACACUCAUCAUCGGACCAAAUCGAGUGGAUGACAUCGAGAAUUAUCCGGUUCUCGAUGGAGCAGAGAUUUGCCAGAACCUCACGUAUCUGGGAAAACGAGGACUAUACAGUGCUGGCUCAGGUCUCAAGAUCGCAUACAUCAGCGGUGUUGAGGCGGUCCAGGAGUCGUUAUCGAAUGACUCCAUCAAUUUCAGUGAGAAUGAUGUGAUCUCAGUUAGAAAUUCUUGCCUCAAGGGCCAGCCUAGCUUUAGAGGAAUUGAUAUACUGUUGACAUCCCAGUGGUCUCAGAAUGUCACCAAAUUUGAUUCUAAUGAUCCCAAGUUCAAUUUCAAGGGGUCAAGACUGAUUUCUUGGCUGGCAGCACAGGUGAAGCCUAGAUAUCAUGUCUGCGGGUUGGAAGGAAUUCAUUAUGAACGUCCCCCCUACAGGAAUGAGAGUAAAGGUGGAGAUAGUAUCGAAAUAGCAUCGAGAUUCAUAGCUCUUGCGAGGGUUGGAAACAGCCAAAAACUCAAGUGGCUCUAUGCCCUAAACUUGACACCAGUGGAUCGAACUCGACUUAUGGAUCUCGCGACGAAAACCACUGAUGAGACACCAAGUCCCUAUCCAGCAGCGGAUUUAAACUCUGACCCAAGUAGUACAGAUCGCAAAGAUACAGGAAAACAAUUCUUCUACGACAUGCAGCUUGUAAACGAAGGCAAGAGGCGAUCGAAUCAAUCAGAUAAAUACCAAAAGAAACCGAGAAAGCCUGACUUCGAUGAGACCAAAUGCUGGUUCUGCUUGUCCAGUCCUUCAGUAGAGAAACAUCUCGUAAUAUCCGUGGGAACUGAAGUUUAUGUGGCUUUGGCUAAAGGAGGUUUAGUGUACGAUCACCUGUUGAUUUUACCCAUCAGUCAUCACCAGAGUUUCUCGAUUGUUCCUGAGAGUGUUGAGAAGGAGAUUGAGUUGUACAAGAAAGCUAUUGGUAGAUAUUACAAGAGUAGCGGACGUGUUCCUGUAUUUUUCGAGAGAAAUUAUAAGAGUUCGCACUGCCAACUGCAGGCUGUACCUGUUGAUGAAGAAACUGCUUCUGAACUGUAUGGUGUAUUUCAGGAUGUUGCCGAUGAUAAUGGAAUCGAACUCAGUCAAAUCCCAGAACAUUCUCAACUCCGUCAGAUAGCUCCACCAGGGGCAACUUACUUCUACGCUCAACUUCCGAAUGGAGUAAUGCUCUAUACGAGGAUAUCCAAGGACUUCCCACUACAAUUUGGUCGAGAGGUUCUAGCUAAUGAUAAAAUUUUGAACCUGAUGCACAAAGUCGACUGGAAGGACUGUCAAAUUAGCAAAGAAGAGGAGACUGAUUUGGCAAAGACGAUUAGGAAAAAAUUUGAACCUUAUGAUAUAGAUACUUGAUUUACUCCUCGUACUCCUCAGGCUUCAGACGUGGAUCAAGGCCAGCCUUCUUCAUCUGCACUGCAAUGUCAAACAGGUAGUCGUAGCAUUCAUUCCUGAAAUCAGAACUAAAAUGAAUUUCUUCAGGGAAGGAAAUAAAUACGGAAUCAACACAUCAACUUUUUCUUGUCAGUAAAUUCAAGAUCAGGGCUUUGGGAUCUGCCUGCUGCCAAGUAUCACCCCACACGUACACUCCGUGCCUUCUUACUAAAAUGGCACAAGUUUCGGGGUAUUGCUGGAUGACCUCCGCCAUUCUAUCUUUGAGAUCUUCUUCAAAGGGAGUAUUUUCGAUAAUUGGAACU